AUGGCUAGCAAAAAACUCAGUGAAAAAUUACCGCAACCUGGUGAAUUCAUUAUUACUAAGAAAGCGGAAUAUGAGUCAAUAAAAUUGUUGGGUAAAGGUGGCUUUGGAGCAGUGUAUGAGGUAAAGCGUGUAUCGGAUUCUGCUGCUUUUGCGAUGAAAUGUGAACUAGUGGAUGUUAGAAAACGAGUACUAUUAAUGGAUUGCACAGUUUUGCGUGGUGCACAAUCACUUGGAAGCAAACAUUUUUGCGAAAUUAUCGAUCGCGGGAAGCAACCUGAUCGUUUUAGAUUUAUCAUUAUGAAAUUGGUUGGUCGAAAUUUAUGGGAUCUAAGGGUGGAACGACCAGAACAACGUUUCACGUUAAAUACAGCAUUGAAAGCAGCGGAACAAUGUUUGGAAUCAAUAGAACAUUUACAUACUGUUGGAUUUUUACAUCGAGACAUCAAACCAGGCAACUUUGCAAUUGGACGACCGGAAGCCAACGAACAUCACACCAUUUUUAUGCUUGACUUCGGAUUGUGCAGGCAAUUCAGUUCUGGAAACAAAGAUUUACGGUUGCCUCGUGCUUCUGCUCCAUUCCGUGGUACUACUCGUUAUGCGUCAAUUGCCGCACUGAGACAAAUGGAACAAUCCCGAAAAGAUGAUGUUGAAUCAUGGCUUUACAUUACAGUUGAAUGGACUGCUGGCUCGUUGCCAUGGAAAAAACUGAAGGGACCCGAUAAAGAAGAAGUCUUACAAUGGAAAGAAGAGGUACGUGAAGGUGAAGCAAUGGAUGAUUUUUUUAAACAAUGUCCGAAACGUGAAUUUUCGACAAUAAUGAAAUACAUAGAUUCAUUGGAAUAUGAAACAGCAGAUGAUCCGCUUGACUGGGAUCCAAAUCAUAAAUAUCAUGGACCGAUUAUAAAUCUGAAUAAAAGACAAGCUAAACAAACAAAAGAACGACGACGUUUAGCCACAUCAAGAACACAACGUUCUAAUUGA